CGUCCUUAUCAGCACAAAAACAUUCGACUCGAGUUGUUUACGUCCCAUUAAUUUCCCAAAUAUUGUCAAGAGGAUUAAAUUAUUAAAUUGUUUAAUCAGUGACGAUGAUGUCUGCGAGACCUGAUAAUCCUCUGGGGCUGUCCUGGCAUGACAGUGCCUGGAUUCCAAUCCUGAACCCCAGCAACAUCAUGGAUUAUUUCUCAGAAAGAAGCAAUCCAUUUUAUGACAGCUCUUGCAAUAAUGCACUCAUCAAAAUGCAGAGGCUCAAUCCAGAACAACUUCAGAGCAUGACAGGACUCGAAUACAUUCUACUUCACGUACAGGAGCCGAUUUUAUACGUGAUAAGAAAACAAAAUCGGUAUUCACCUACUCAGGUUACUCCACUCGCUGAUUACUACAUCAUCGCCGGAGUUGUUUAUCAAGCCCCUGAUCUUGCGUCCGUCGUCAAUUCGAGACUGUUAUCCACAAUUCAUCAUCUUCAAACAGCUUUCGAGGAGGCGAGCGCCUGCUCGAGAUAUCACCCGAGCAAGGGCUACUCCUGGGACUUUAAAAAUGGAAAGUCUCUGACUGCGAAGAAGGAAGUGCCUUCGAGGGAGGAACCCAGCUCUCUAUUUCAACGGCAGAGAGUCGAUAUGUUGCUCGCUGAAAUCACCAGGAAAUUUCCACUGCCUGUGCCGAAACCUGCGCAGCCCCCAGCUGAUCCUCCCGUUGAAGUCAAGCAAGAGAAGACUGAUAAAAAAGACAUGCGACCACCGCCAGAGAAAAAACCACGUACCAAUUAAUAAAGAGAAGAGAUUUGAUUAGCUUAUAAAUGUAAAUACUGAAUGAUUUUCUGGCGAGCGCGACGUGAAUUGGGAGUUAUACAAAGUAUGUAUGUUCAAUGAUUGUCAAUUAUAUCAAUUUUAUGUA